AUGCGGAGCGCUAGGCUCCUCGCUUGCGUCCUUUACGUUUCUGCGGUCUUUUCUUCCAGUUCCUAUGAGACGCACGUGGAGAACAACUACACGGCCUGGCCGAGGAUGGUCCUGCCGCAGCAUUACCUGAAAGAGAUCAGACCACCUACGACGGGGAGGACUCCGGUGGUCGUGUCGUUCAACAUCUUCGUCGUCGACAUCAACUCCAUCAACGUCGAGGACAUGGAUUUUCGCGUCGACAUGUUCAUCUACCAGACCUGGACGGAAUCCCGUCUGAGGAUGCCAAUCGACAUCUUCGAGGACGACGAGGACUACGUGACUCUGCCCCCGGAAUUCUUCGACAACCUCUGGCAGCCCGAUCCGUACUUCUUGAACUCCAAAGUUUCCGAAAUCGCAACGCUGAACAGCAAGCACUCCUCGGUGACGCUCUACAGGAACAAGACGGUGCGCUACUCGGCUCGGAUGCACGCGAUAAUCGCCUGCCAGAUGGAAUUUCAAUUCUACCCCAUGGACAUCCAGAUCUGUCCUAUGCAGAUCGAGAGCUUCUCGUACGACAGCGAGAAGCUGAGCCUGAGAUGGGGUCCCGACGGGGUUAUCGUUAACCCCGAGCUGAAGCUGCUGCAGUACAAUCUGGAGGACCCGCUGAAGAUCGACGAGUCCGUUAGCUUCAUUGACGAGAAAAACGGAAACUUCUCGCGGCUUAUCGUCUACUUUCAAUUCGAGCGUCAGAUCGGCCAUCAUCUCAUCCAGACGUUCGCACCCUCGACCCUGGUGGUCAUGCUUUCGUGGUUCAGCUUCUGGCUUGGCCUCGAUGCGAUUCCCGGGCGAGUCGCCCUACUCGUCACGAGCAUGCUGACACUUGUGACCAUGUUCACCGGACUGAAGAGCGACAUUCCGCCAGUCGCGUACGUCAAAGCACUGGACUUGUGGAUGGCCGGAUGCAUGUUUUUUGUCUUCUCGGCACUGGGAGAGUUCGUGGUCGUCAAGGUCCUCGAUCUCGACUAUCAGAGGGAGUGCGAAGCUUCCAACUCGUAUCGACGACUACCAGCACGUCUGUCCGUCGUUGAGAAGAGCGUAUCCGUGUGGGACUACGAUUCUGUUUACACUCCGAAACCGCGAAGCAAACGAGCCGGAAGUCGCAAUCUUCUGCAGAAUACGUGGAUAGAUCCGGAAAUUCUGAUACGAAGACCGAAGAACAGAGCGAAGCAAAUUGAUGCCUACAGCAGAGUCGUUUUUCCAGUCCUCUUUUUGGUAUUUACUUUACUCUAUUGGCCGAGUUUAUUGUUAGAUAACCGCAGGACUUAUUAA